UCGAGGUGAAAGUGCAAGCUGCCAUUUUUUCGAGGAAUCUUCCUAGUUAGACAAGCAAAUACAAACUGUGAGUUUCACCGUCACUCUUUAGCAGUUUUGUUUCAUCUCUCGGCGUACUGGAGACAUAUUCUACAUGAAUAUUACAGACGCUAGGUUGAUUUUUGGUUAAAGCGCAGGCUUAUUAGCUCAGGGCUGCACUGGUCUGCAGAUGGCUGCUUAGCUCGGCUAGCUAACGUUAGCUUUGGCUGUAAACAAACACUACAGACAGAAGCAGGUGAUAAACGAGCUUAGACCUUGCAGGUUUGUUCAGUAACGUUAGAUUUGGUCAAUAAUUCGGUCAGAUAAAGAGCUAACUUAACGUUAGAAACGUAUCGUUAGGUGGAGCGGGGAGCAGGAGGCAGUUUGAUGUUGCAUGUCUGGAAGUUAACUUACCGACACAACUUCAGUUUUGAUGACAGUGCGAGUUUCUCCAAACCAGGUCGGAGCUCAGUCGCUUUAGAGCGGGUCGGGGUCAGUCGGGUCACAGGGGAAACACACACUUACACCGGCAUGUCGUCCUUCUCUGAGUCGGCCCUGGAGAAGAAGCUGACGGAGCUGAGCAGCUCGCAGCAGAGCGUGCAGACUCUGUCUCUGUGGAUCAUCCACCACCGCAAACACUCUGGCCUCAUCGUCAAAGUGUGGCACAGAGAGCUGAAAAAAGCUAAAAGCAACAGGAAGCUGACGUUCCUCUAUCUCGCCAAUGAUGUCAUCCAGAACAGCAAGAAGAAAGGACCGGAGUUCACCAAAGACUUUGAGUCUGUCCUUGUCGAUGCCUGCUCCCAUGUUGCCAGUGAAGCAGAUGAGAGCUGUAAAAAGCACAUGGAGAGACUGCUGAACAUCUGGAAGGAGAGGAGCCUCUACAGAGCCGACUUCAUUCAGCAGCUCAAACUGGCCAUAGAAGACUCCAACAGCCCAAGGCCUUCAGAAGAGAAGAAGCCUGUGAAACGGAGCUAUCAGAAGAUCCAGGAAGAGGAAGACGACGAAGACGACGACUACAGAAGCCACAUCUCCCCAUGCAACACGGACAUCUCCGCUACUCAGCUGACAGAGGAGCUGGUGAAGGCCCUGCAGGACUUGGAGAACGCUGCAUCGGGCGACGCAGCAGUUCGUCAGAAGAUCGCCUCGCUUCCACAGGAAGUCCAGGAUGUUUCCCUGCUGGAGAAAAUCACUGACAAAGAGGCCGCAGACAAGCUUUCGAAGACUGUGGAUGAAGCCUGUUUGCUGCUGGCGGAGUACAACGGCCGACUGGCUGCAGAGCUGGAGGACCGGAGGCAGCUGGCUCGCAUGCUGACUGAAUACAUUGGCAGUCAAAGGGAGGCGCUCAUGGAGAGAGAGAAGAAACUAGAGGAGUAUAAGCAGAAGCUGGCGAGGGUGACCCAGGUUAGGAAAGAACUAAAGUCCCACAUCCAGAGUCUCCCUGACCUCUCCCUCCUGCCCAAUGUGACAGGGGGUCUGGCCCCGCUCCCCUCGGCCGGAGACCUCUUCUCCACUGACUGAGAGGUCUUUGCCCUGACACACUGCCCCCCAAUGCCCCUCCCCACCCAAACCCAGCGCCACCUUUGAUUCACAAAAAACUUCUAGCUGUGUCUCCAGCCAGAGGACACUGUGGUCAAACCUGCAGGACAAGAGGGAGGAAGGGACAUUAGAAGGGAGGUUUGGUGAAAUCAGAACGCUCUGCAGAGGAGAACAGAGACUCUGUCAGUCUGGAUUUUUCAGGCUUCUGCUUGACGGACAAGGAUUCCACUCCACCAGCUUAGAAAGAAUUUUUUUCGUGUUUGUUUUUAUGUUUUUUUGUUUUUUUUUAAUGCUGGUAUCACAGUGAACUAGGAGGAGGGGUGGGUUGAAACAGACAUGUUGGUUGUCAGGUGUCAAUCAAAGUGUCUUUCUGUGUGGUAUAUUUUGGAUUCAGCAAGCAGAGGAUGGGCUGAUUGCUCUCACAAUGCUCAGAGGUUGUAACAACACUGUGAAGACGAUGUACCAUUCAUUAGUUUUAUUUUUCAGUUGUGGGCGGGGGGAAAGCUUUUUAUUGACACAUAGUCAGAUAGGUGGUUUUGAUGUGUGUGUCCAAUUACAGAAAAUAUUAGAUUGGGUUCAGUGUAUGUUGCUUUUUCGUUGCUUAAUGAAUGAUCAAGCAUAUUCAUUUCAGUAACACCUCAUAGAUUGUGUGGGACAGCAUUAUCCUCAUAGUUUAAAGUCAGUAGACUGUGUCCCUGUUUGCAAGUGUUUUUCAUUUACAAACUAAAACUUUGCAAUUUAAAGAGCUCGUUCAUUUUCAUGCUUUAAAUUGGACACCUGCUUGUAAUCUGGAAAAGCUAAUUAUUCUCGUAAGUGUUCAAGACAAGGUUUGAGUUUUACAAAGAAAGUCGUGGAAGUUUGAGGAAACAAUUCAAGACAAAGUUUGCUUUCCAAUAAACUGCCUGGUCUUUAGUUGUAUUAAAAAAAACCUGAAGCCCUAAAACUCAAAAAUACAAUAUUUUCUCACAGGGCCAAACAGGUGAGAAAAACAAAAGUAAAGUAAUUAAGUUUUAGUGUGUGUAGAGCUGUGACAUAUGGAAAUAAAGAAAAGUUGAUCAGAUGAAGACCCUUUUCUAAAAUUGUUAUCACAAUUUUAGAAAUAUCACAAAAUGUGUUUUGGUAUAAAAAAAAUGGUUGUCCAGUUACAUUAAUUAAAUUAGAUGUAAUAUGAAAUGGACUGAAACUGUCAUUUUAAUUUAUUCACAAUAUUAAAUUCUCACAGUGAUAUUAAAAUGAGUAAUACUUUAUUCAUAUUGCUCAGUCCUACCUGUGUGUAGAUGUCCAGUGAUGGAAGAUUUUACUAAAAAGUAAAAGCAGCAACACAUUCACCUCUACAGGUCCCUUUCUCAGGUUUCUUUUUAAAAUGAGGCGACACAUUACAAAUUCCCAAAAUCAUUUUGGCACAAAAGUGAUCAAAGGUUUUGUGAGUAAACAACAGUUCUCUUUUAAGGCCAGAACAGUAUAUCUAAUUUGUAUAGCUAAUGUUUGAUUUUCAGUUAUGUCUGUAUGGAGAAACAAAAAUUCAUUUGAGAGGUUUUAUGAUAAAAGGUCAAGAGAUGUUUACUCAGCUCACUCAGAAGAUUUCAGUUGCUGUAAUUUACCUGGUGAUGCAACAACCUUGGGUGUGAAAGGCUGCUGCAAAUCUUUUUCAGUAACCUCUCUGAUUGGUGUCUGGAACCACAACAUAUUUCAAACAGCAGGUAAAAUUGUGUACCACAGCCGCUUUAGCAGUGUUUGUUAAACCAAAGGUGUGGAAGAUAUCAUUAAAGUCACUGGUGCCGUCACGAAACAGAUAUUUGGGCCUGUGUUUGGUGUGUUAAGAUGUCAGAUAAACGUUCUGUGGCUUGGAGGCUAAAUGUUUGAGUUUCAAGAACAAAGAGUGGAGCAAGUUUCACCCAUUAUUUGGUUUAGUCUUGAUCAUUUAUAAAUGGAAAAAAAAAAUACAAAAGUGUUCAAUACAACCUCUGUAUGUCAGGAAGGAUUUCAGCAACAUUUUGAUCCAGAUUUGCUUCACAGUAGAAAUUAGUUAGAUCUUUUCUUACCUACUUGCCGUGUGGAAUGUUUCUCUCUGCAGAAUCAUACUGUACUGCUAGGACUCUACCUGUAGGGGUAGUGUUUUUUCUGUAAUGAAAGUGAUUCAGUGGCUGCCAAUAAACUGGAACCAUAUGAACAAA